AACGCACGAAACGGAACCCUACAAAUGUCUACGCGUUUGUCAGACUGUUGGCCGUUUCUACUCACUGAUUCUCGUGGACGCUCACCUUUAGCGGGAGCGGACAAGUAGGCAACGACGCAGAGAACGAGAGAGCCACCCCUAUCGCGCUCAGUUGGAAACGCUGUGCUGUAUGCGAUCGACAACGACCGCGGGCCUUGUGCGCCAUGAAUGAAGGUAGUACCAUUUAAUUCCUUCGCUCGGCGCACCGAGGCAUGAGUCUUCGAUAAACGGUCGAAGCAAAUGGACGUAGCUCGCUCUUCCCGCAACCAUCACACGGCACCAAACACGACACAACAGCAACCCCGGAGAGCUGCUGCUGUUACUGCUACUGCUAUAUUACACACUCCCGGUCGUCUCAGCCUUUAGAGUUUGUGGCCUCUAUCCCUGCAACGUGGUUACGGCGGAACAACAUGAGCAACAGUGUCGUGGCACAAUUGCUCGCUAAGAAGGCGUCCUGAAGCAGCUACAUCUGUGCCGUCCAUUUCCUUCUAAAGUGUGUUUUGUGAAACCGUCUGUGAAGGAUCUGCUCCGUACAUCCUUCCUUUACACAAAUAAAAAAAACGGGAUGAUACGAUGGUGGUGAAAGCGUGUGUAAGAAGUGCGCGUCCAUUGUAAGAAGAAAAGGUCGGAAGUCACCGCAGGGUGUGUUCCGAAGGGCUCAACAGCUGACUGUGCAAAGGGAAGAAGGAACGGUGAAGGUGUUUGUGCAAGGAUCCGUUUAUUCCUCGUACAGAAAAAGAAAGCACGCAGAGGAACAGUGGGUGAAACAAAUCACGGCACACCAAUGAAAGUGAAUCGCGGCAACUUGUUCCCGACCGAUCCGUUCUAGCUCUCCUUUAAAGUGCGUGACGUCGGCUGGUUGUCCGUGUGUUUGUGUGUGUGACGUGGCUUGCCUAAAUUCCGUUAUUUCUACUCCCACCGAAAAAUCACUCAGCCGGGACACACAGCUGACUGACCAUCGCCGGUGAACUUCAGCUAAAAAUAAACCAGUGCUUUCCCCCCUUCCCCGCCAUCGACUUGGUUGGCAACAGAGCAGUGCGUGUGUGCGAUCGCAGCUUCAGUGCCGGUUUCGGGCGAGUGUGUCGUCGCCUGUUGUUCAACGGUUUCCUAACUUGCGUGUUUCGAUGCAUCCAUCGUUCCGGCUAGCCGCGUUCCUUCCACGGGACAAGGCCCGAAAGAGCAAGUGAGCCCGACAGUGUAAGUUUCCGCGCCUGUGCGUGUGUGCGUGUCUGUUUGCGUAUGAAAGUGUGUGCAUAGUUUCGGGGUGUUUCACGCCGCCUGCUAGAUUGUUAGGCGUUGUGUUAGGCAAGUGUCUGUCUGCAUUGCUGAACGAUUUCUGGUGUGAAGAAGUGCCCACUCCAAGUGAGUUUACCCGUGUGAGCUGACUUCUCAACGCGCAAAAGGCAAGGAAGCAGCAAACCGGCCCUUCUAGUUAACCUGUGCCACGACCUUCAAACCCGUUACCGUCCUUCCGCAAGCGUUACUUGGCCGCUUUCCCGCUCGUCUGAAUGCCAGCGUUUGCCGAAAUGUUAGUCUCGCAAAGCCCGCCGGUGUACAACCACUCGCUACAGACACCGGACUACAAGCCGGGGGGCGGUGGUUCAUCACCCGGCUCCGACGGUAACACCAACGGCGGCGGUGGCGGUGGUGGCUACUACUACCGACCCACGUCACUGCAGCUGACCCAAACACAGACGAACGGGGGACCACCGCCCUUCCAGCGGCAGCUAACGCCACCCUGCCUCAGUCCAACGGGCAAGCAGCUGCCAACGUCACCCCGUCGCUCCUGUCUGGUGGUACGGCCCGGGGACGACGCAACCACGCCCGAAGAGUCGGAACCGCCGCACGCCGCCAUGAAGCUGCUCACGAUCGGCGAAGAAGACACGGGCUGCGCGCCCGGGACCGGUCGGCACAAGAAGAAGGUCGUGUUUGCGGACGACCAUGGCGGCCAGCUGACGCAGGUGCGCGUCAUGCGCGAACCCUCCUACAUGCCGCCGAUCUGGAGCCUGCAGUUUUUGGCCCACGUCACCCAGGGCAUGAUCAGCCCGGUGCCGCAGGAGCAGUGGGUCGUCGACUUUGUCCAGCCGGCGAGCGAUUACGUGCGCUUCCGGCAGAAGCUGGACGAGCGGAACGUGUCGCUCGAGAACGUGAUCAUCAAGGAGACGGAGCAGCUGAUCGUCGGUACGGUGAAGGUGAAAAACCUCUCCUACCACAAGGAGGUCAUCAUCCGGUCGUCCUGCGACAGCUGGAAAACGCACGAGGACACCUUCUGCACGUACAGUGUGGUUGGUAAUGGGGCAGCUUCGGCUUAUCUGAUAUUCGAUACCUUCUCCUUCAAGCUAACUCUUCCACCUAAGUCCAGACGGAUUGAGUUUUGUGCCGCGUACAAGUGCGACGGUGUCGAGUACUGGGACAACAAUGAUGGCCGCAACUACUCGCUCACCAACCGUAUCGCGCCCCGGGAAAACUCGGGCGCCUUCCUAUCGUCCUCCUCUGCCAGCGCCUUCAACAGUGCCGCCCCGAACGGGCGCAACGGGCUGGCGGCGGCGGCGGCGGCUUCGGACGGCUUCAUCUCCCCGUACGUCGACCCUGGCGCGGUGCUCGACACCUGGAGCGACAUGAGCGUGGAAACGCAAUCGGGGCCAUACUGUAGUAGUACGUUUGACUGCUCGCUGAACCGUUGCUCCAACAACCGUGACACGGCGGCGAUGCAGGACGAGCCGACGACGACGACUACCGGUCCCCUUCCGCAGAUGAAGCCGAUCAGUCUGAACAUGCCCCCGUAUCCACCGGAAGGGCCGCUGGAUCUGCAGGCGGCCGGUGCCGGCGAACGGCGGGCCAGCACGGGAGAGUUUGCGGUGAAGCAGGGCUGCAACCACCAUCACUACCACCACCAGCAGCAUGCUGCUGGCACGAAACCGAUCACGCCGCUGGGACGCACCGCCAGCAAUGGCAAGCUAUUCUACAUACGCGAACGGCACGAGGGUGAAGAUUUGCUUGCCAAUUUGCUCCGCUUGCGCAAGCUGAUGAUGGCGGGCGGGAACGAGAAGGCCGGACUAAACUGAUAAGGAGGAGGAGGAGGAGGUGGUAUCUGGUCCUCGGUUCCUAGUGGUGUUGGAUGAAAACAGUCCUUGUGUGGCCGUUCAGUGUGGAGCAACAAACCCAUUUGCUAAGGCCACUAGGAAGAAGUGAGUAAGGCCAGGCGGCGAGCAAGCAGCAACGUUUUUCCUUUUUGUUUUGUUUUGUUUUGGGGUAAUUGGGAUGAUCGAUCGUCCACGAUCGUGUGAACUUUAAUGUCGCAGCAUUAGCUUCAUUCCUCUUCCACCAUACAACAAACAACUCCAUAUUGUACAUAUAUACAUUAUCUCUCGUCCGUCUAUUCUUAAACGAUUACGAUCGAAUCGAGAGAAUGCACCCUAAACACUUACUGAAGAAUACUCACAAAAUUGACAUUUUCAAUCGGGACCUGGAUACUGACCGUAUGUAUGAGCACGCGCGUGUCUGUGUGUGUCUGAGGGGGUGCGCGUUUUUAACCGUACCAGGAAAAAACAGGUUUAGGUUUACAAUUUUCUGUCCAGUUUCGAUUCACCAAGGGAAAAUUGCAAUAGAGUUUAUAGAGCCAAUGCUUCCGACAUCCGCGUUUGACAGAAGGCAGAAGUAUGCAGCUGAGUGAGAAAGAGAGUAAGGGAUACUGCAACAUGGAUGAACGAAUUUGGAAGAGGACAAAUACGCUAGAGUGAUAAUACGCUUGUCAGACGGGCAAGCGGGUGAUAAGAGCCAGGAGACCGAAGAGAGGAAAGGAAGAACAGAUACGUAGGGCCCUCUAUUUGUCGAAUAGCUGGAAUACGGAGAGACGAAGAACCAUCGAUCGGGGACGAAGGGUUUUGGGCGAGACAAACCAGGCAACGGCACAGAAGAAGAAGAAGAAGAAGAAGAAGAAGAAGAAGAAAACACGAGAUAACAAUACUAGUAAUUUAAUGUUCAUAUUUACAUACGGAAACUAAAAGACUGAACGUGUCCACAAAGUAAAUUAAAUCUGGAACAAACAAAAACAAGGAUGUGUACGAGUGUUUAACAAAAAUGGCAAAAGCGAACCAGCGCGCGGUGGAGCGAAGGCUGGAGAGGCUGGGCUGGGGUUCGAGGCGCGUAGAGCGUUCCGCCCCAAAUCGGGAGACAGAUCAGAAAGGCAUGCAAGUGAAAUUAGUACGAUUCGAUUCGAUAUUAUACGUGUAUGAUGCGAAGCACAAAUCAUCCCCAUCUUUUGUACAACCAUGUAGCGUUGCAGUAGGAACGGACAAACAAACUCGUGUCAAAAGACGGAACGAACGGAGAACUUAAUAAAAGUUUUCAACAUUGCGGUGAUUGUGUGUGUGUGUGUGUGUGGCCGUAACUUCGGCUGCCAGACACCAGAGUGGACCUAGUGAAAAGCUUCGUUUAGUGGCUUCGUUAAUUUAUGUAUACAAACAGUAGUGUUAGACUCUUUCCUCUACAACAACCAAGGACGGGGGAGUUGAUUUUUAUGAUUUAUGUGUUAGUAAGUUAGUAGGUUAGUGUACAUUUUCUGCACCGGCUUGCGGUGUAAUACCGUGGAGGGGGGACGUGCCGUCGCCUUUCGUUGCUUGUUAGAGUUUUUGUAAGGCACAAACAGUGAUUGUAGAAUAACCAAUUUAUCGUUUAAGCAGGAUGAAAUGGAGGUAGAAAAAUGGAAAGAUCAAAGACAAGAAAGAUCGCAGGAGAGGGGAGCGCUGUUGAAGCUAACGAUCGCCAUACCCGAGACGCAAGGCCGCGACUCAUUUCAAUCCAGCGCUGCGAUUUGAACAACAUACUAGACUUUGUAAAGCUGAUCCUACGUAGAAUAUGUUUAGAGAACGUGUAUACUCCCCACUAAUUGGAUAAGAUUUCACAUGCUGCUACUUUACCUUAGAGUGUAAACCCGUGCUUUACUAGAACUGUACGCAACUUGAACGAAUCCUAUCGGUGGUCCUGGACGAAGGGGGACACUACGUAAUUGAUGAGAUUGGUAGAGCAUGUGUUAGUAUCUCUGCGUUUGGCUAGUGUAAGUGUUACUUCGCGUAUCCUUCGGCACAGCUAGUCUGUCGCGAAGAUCUUGUGUAUAUAGAUAAACAUAUUGUGAGGCACACACACACCCACUCCCCAAAACCCCCAGGGAAGGGGAGUGGUAGUGUGUUAUCUGAUCGUACAUUAUUAGUUUCGUAGUGCGUAGAGCCAGUAGAGUACAUCGUUAACCCACUGUUUCAUAUGAAUAGAUCACCUCGAUCGCAAAUAAACUGAAUAAGAAUUUAAGAAAAA